AUGGCAGCGCUUGUCGUCACUUCAGGACAUGCUUCACAUGGAUCGAAUCCAAACUUUAAGGAAGAGAUUCAGCAUGCUACCGUUGAAGACUUGAAGCGUACCGCUACACUUGUCGUUGCGGAUGAAACUGCAGAUUCUGGAGUUUACGAUUCUGCUCUUGAGGAGAAGAUCCCGCGCUUUGAAAUGAAUGAGAUAAGGUUGGGUCGAACACUUGGACGAGGGGGCUUCUGCACAGUCACCGAAAUUGAAAAAGUAAAAAUUGCGGGAGGUGAGACGAACACUUCUCGAUUUAGGCUAAAAAAGUCCCGGUCCUCGCUUGAUUCUUCAGACAAGGGUGGGGAUGAUAUGGAAUGGAAAUCGGUUGCAAGCGAAUCAAGAAAAGAUUUGGAAAACCAGAGUGAGCCAUUUUCGAGGACGCAAUUGGCUUUUCUUUCUAGAAAGAAAUCGAGGAAGAAAGGUGGCUAUUUCGCGCUGAAGCAAGUAACGUUGGAAAUGGCAAGUCUUAAUAAGGUGAACUACCUGAAAGGUCUCGUUGAUCUUUCAACUGAAGCCAAACUCCUUGCUGCGCUUGAUCAUGAGAACAUAAUUCGACUCUGUGGUGUGAGUAUGGAAGGGUUCUCAGACUUUAUCAUCAUCGAGAGACUGCAAGAAACUCUUUCUGGACGUCUUAAAAAAUGGAUGAAAACUGAUCGGCAAUGCAAAGGAGUCACGGGAGUUUUCACUGGGAGUAAGAUGAAGAAAGUAGCGCUUGACAGAGAGCGUAUAAGCACUGCCUACAGUAUAGCGACUGGAAUUGACUAUUUACACAGUCGCAACGUAAUAUUUCGAGACUUGAAACCAGACAAUGUGGGAUUUGAUGGUCACGGCAUAACGAAAAUUUUCGAUUUUGGUCUGGCGAAGGAGUUGAAAGAAAGCAGAAGGACUGACGAUGGUCUGUACCAAAUGACAUCUUUCACUGGUGCUGUUCGGUACAUGGCUCCUGAAGUUGGCCUUGGUAUGCCAUACAAUCUAUCAGUCGAUGUCUACAGCUGGUCGAUGAUACUGUGGUUCAUUCUUGCCCUUGAACCACCAUAUGGAUUUUAUACAGAAGACAUGAUAAUUGACCGUGUGUUCAAACGAGGUUCCCGCCCGGCUGUCUUUGAGUCUUGGUCUCAUGAAUUGGGCAAUCUGAUGAAGUGUUCGUGGGACAGCACAAUAUCCAAGCGACCUGGUUUCUCUGAAAUCUGCAAUGUUCUUCGAUCAGAAAUGUCGAUCAAAGGCAAGUCUGGCACUCGCAGCUAG